AAAUUCCCUACAACUUCUUAUCAGGUACAUUUUCCGAAUGAUAUGUUUUCUUAGCCGACUUAAUUGGAGCGAGUAAAAUAAAAUUCCGCAUCAAGGUUGGUGCAUUCGCGAAGAUUAUGAUUUUUUUAAACGUAUCGCAUAUAUAUUGUAGAUUGAAUUAUCUAAGUGUUUCAGUUUAUUUUGUGUAGUUUAACCUGACGAUGAAGUACAUUUACUUAACGCUCCUAUUAACACCGAUAAUCGCGUGGAGAUUAAAUGAUUUAGAUUGUACAGAAUCAAAAACUAACUUAAAAGAAGCAUGCGACCCUUCGGAUUAUACGACAUACAUUGAUUGUGUUAAAAGGCAAAAAAGAGACACGGAUUGUUCUAAUGAUUGUAGUCAAUGCGAAUGUGAGGAAUGUUCUUAUGGUGGAUGUUCCGAAACGUGUAAUAAUUGCUGUUCUUCAAACUGCGAUAAUUGUGACUGCAAUCAAUGUUCUAAUAGUGGUUGUAGUGACAACUGUAACAGUUGUUGCCACACCCAACAAACCUGCCAAACUCACUAUUGUUGUUAUAGAACAUGCCAUUCCGCAUGUUCAAACAGCGAUUGUAGGAGAAGUUGUAGAAAAUCAUGCGAAGAUAAAGUAGAUGGAAAAUCCGGACAUCAAUCUAGUUCACAAAACACCACAACUCACAUCAAAACGAUUUUAGAAGUUUUUAAUGAAAUCAACAACACCAAUGAAAUUCAUAUCCCAGUCGAUGUUAACACAACAUCUUUUAAUAACAUUACAGUGCUAACAUCGCAACGUGGUAAUCAUGGAACUUAUUAUGGUGGUGAUUAUCAGAGAUUUAUACAAACUAUAAAUCAACCGGAUUUUACGCCUAAUACGCCCAAUCCUUAUCCUAAUUCUUAUCCCAAUUCUUUUCCUUACUCGAUACCUUAUCAGAUUCCUUUCCCUCAACCAGAUUCAACACCUUGUUGUACAAUAGCAACCCCAAGACAAUGCGUGCCACAACAAAGAAUACCUUACAUAAAUUGUUUUUAUCAAACUCAAAGGGUUUGUAAUAAUGUUUGUCAAUCAAAUCAAGUAAUACAUCCGUACGUGGAAGAAGUAUGCGACGAGGGGAUAAAUUCAGGGUGCCAAAAUGAAGUGUUUUAUUCGGCCCAACAACGUCCGAUGUGCGCGUUUGGACGAAAUUGGCCUUAUUUUGGAUGCGGGGUGCCCCAAUAUCCUUGUUCGGGAUGUUAUGAAUCCCAAUUUGAUACUUCAAGGUGUCCGGAUUUUUGUAAUAAUUAUGGUGGAAUGUAA